CCCACCAUUUUGUCCGGUCGCAGGAAAAGACGUCGACAAGGACCAUGACCAAGCCCAGGCUGACGCAGAACUGCAGCGUUGUGGGCUGCACAGACCGGCACACAUCCUUGCAUCGACUCCCGAACAAAAAGGAUAUCAGAGCCAAGUGGAUCCAGUUCAUCUACGACGGGAACGUCCCGGCUUCCGUCGGCAAGACUCUGCUGGUCUGCGCCAACCACUUCGCGUCGGACAACUUGAUCCACUUGGACUCCGGACUAAGUGCGAGGCUGAGUGUCAAACAUGGAUCAGUACCGACUGUUCGCGCCACGGAAGCGGGAAGUCCUCCACACCCGAGACGGUACUGCAGGAUCAACAACACGGUACCGCUGCUGGCGCUCUACUUCGACGGCGACAGCGACAUGAGGCCGGACUUCCGUCUCUCCAGGGCCUCCUUCGCCGGCCUGAUGGAGCUCCUCGGGACCCGCUGCGACCACGGCUGGGGGCCCGUGAUAGAGACCCUGGUCUUCUUGUUUUGGCUGUCCGGCGGCGCCUCCUACCGCGUGGUGGGCACAGCGUUCGACAUGCCGCGGACCACGGUGCACCGCGUCGUCCACAAGACCAGCAAGAAGAUCCGCGCUCUCCUCCCUCGGGUGGUCCGCCUUCCGGCGGCGGAGGACUUGGCCGCCCUCGGCGCCGGUUUCGCCCGCCUGGCCGGGUCGGCGGCUUUCAGCCGGGUGGUGGGCAGCAUCGGCGGCUGCCACGUUCGCGUGAAGCCGCCCAUGGAGAAAGCCUCGGGUUACCUGAACCCCAAGUUGUUUCACUCGCUGCAGUUCCAGGCCGUCUGCGACCACGGCGCCAAGUUCCUGGACGUCUUUAUUGGCUCCCCGGGGUCGGCGCACGACACCAAGGUGCUGAAGCACAGCGUUAUCUACAAACAGCAGAAGUACCCGCCCCCUGGGUUCUGCAUCGUCGGGGACGCGGGCUACCCCUGCCUGCGCCGACCCAUCGCCCUCAUGACCCCUUAUAAGGACCCCGGGAACAACCUCCUCCAGGCGGCCUUCAACUGUCACCUGUCCAAGGCCAGGUGUGCGGUGGAGAGGGCCUUUGGCAUCAUGGAGAGCAGAUGGAAGUCCAUUUUCUCCAAGGCCCUGGAGGUGGACGUGCUCUAUGUGCCGGAGGUGGUGGCCUGCUGCACGGUCCUCCACAACAUCUGCCUGAGUCACGGAGACCUGCUGGAGCCCGGAGACCUCCAGGACCAGGCGGCAGCUGGAGAAGGCCCGGAGGACCCGGCAGAACCUUUGUCCCCGGGAACCGUGUGUGGCGCGGAGGACAGGCACAGGAUGGCCAUGCUUUGCUACGCUCCGGACCAUGACUAUUUGUAAAUGCUUCACCUUUCUGUUUUCUCUCAAUGACUCUGCUGUUGUAAAUAAAUGUGUCACCAAUG